CGCCUAGUUCCUCCUGACUCACGAUUGAGUCAGCGGGGGCGCGCGUAAUUGAUAAUCUCCAAGGCAUAAAACGCGCACACAUGGCUCCGUCCCUUUUUCAAACUGGUAGCCUAUAAAGCCAAAAAACUUCACACAAGUCGCCAGACAAGAGAAACACAAUUGGAGCAGUGGAUGUAAAGCCAAUUUAAAUCCAAGGGAACUUGAUACAGGUAAAGAAACACAAUGGAGCUGAAACCUUUACUGAGGAAAGUGGGCUCAACAAUCUACGCCAUCUUCACUUUCCUCUUCGCUCUGCUGGUCCUGGGCGUGAUGGUGUGGGCCUAUGUGGAGGGUUUCCAGCUGGCGACCUCCGUGUAUGGAAUCAUCACCUUUGGCUUUUAUGGACUACUCCUCGCAGUCCAUGUGUUGAUUCAGAGCUUCUUCGCCUUCAUUGAGCACCGGCGAAUGAGAGCUUAUAAAGAGCCAUGCACUUUUAACAAAACCAUCGGCUUCACGAUAUCCGCUUACCAGGAGGACCCUAUCUAUCUCAGAGACUGCCUUAACUCCAUCAAGGCUCUAAAUUAUCCUCCUGAGCUGCUGCGCAUCAUCAUGGUGGUAGACGGGAACUCCAAUGAUGACAAAUAUAUGAUGGAAAUGUUCAGAGAGGUGUUUGCUGACCAAGACCCUGGCUGUUAUGUGUGGAAAAACAACUAUCAUACAUGGGACCCCACCCAGGUCCAGGAUGUGGAAAUGGCAGCAGAAAUGGGCCCAGGGGGUGAUGCUGAUUAUGUUAUAGGGGAGGAUCCACAGAGAAAAGCUGUAGAGCGCCUCAUCCAGAGCAAGAAGUGUGUGUGCAUCAUGCAGAAGUGGGGCGGCAAGCGGGAGGUGAUGUACACAGCGUUUAAAGCCCUCGGAUCAUCAGUUGACUAUAUACAGGUGUGUGACUCGGACACUAAGCUGGACCCUCUGGCUACCAUGGAGCUGUGUAAAGUGUUGGAGAGCAACCCCAAGUAUGGCGCUGUGGGAGGAGAUGUGAUGAUCCUUAACCAGAAAGAAAGUUUUAUCAGCUUCAUGAGCAGUCUUAGGUACUGGAUGGCUUUCAACAUUGAGAGGGCCUGCCAGUCCUUCUUCAACUGUGUGUCAUGCAUAAGUGGUCCUUUGGGUCUGUACAGAAACGACAUCCUCCAGCAGUUUCUGGAGUCCUGGUACAAUCAGAAGUUUUUGGGAACUCACUGCACAUUUGGGGACGACAGACAUCUUACCAAUCGAAUGCUGAGCAUGGGCUAUGCCACAAAAUACACAGCCCGCUCCAAAUGCUACACAGAGACGCCUAGUCAGUUUCUGCGCUGGCUGAACCAGCAGAUACGAUGGACAAAAUCUUACUUCCGUGAGUGGCUCUACAAUGCAAUGUGGUGGCACAAGCACCACCUCUGGAUGACCUACGAGUCCAUCGUGUCAGGUAUUUUCCCCUUCUUUGUCACCGCCACCAUCAUCCAGCUGUUUUGGACUGGCACACUGUGGGACAUCCUCUGGGUCCUGUGCUGCAUCCAACUGAUCGGGCUGGUGAAAGCUGCUUUUGCCUGCAUCCUGCGCAGAGACAUAGUGAUGGUGUUUAUGUCUCUGUACUCGGCUCUGUACAUGACCAGCUUGUUGCCUGCUAAGUACUUUGCCAUUAUCACCAUGAACAAAAGCAGCUGGGGGACUUCGGGCCGGCGUAAGAUUGUAGGGAACUAUAUACCCCUCCUCCCUCUGUCAGUGUGGGCAGCCCUUUUAUUAGCUGGGUUUGGUUACACAAUCUACAAGGAGAGUUUUAUGGACUGGUCAACUCCAGCCAAGAUGAAGGAGGCAGAGUUUCUUAUUUUUGGCCUUGCGGUCUACGUGUGCUACUGGCUGUUUAUGAUGUUCCUCUACUUUGUGUGGUUUUUCAGGUUAUGUAGGAAACGCUCACAAAGUUACAAGAUCAGCGUGUAGGUUCGAAGUGAAGAACUAACAGGAGUAGGAUAAUUUAUUUGAAUUAAGUCAUUAUAUUAUUCAGUUGAUACCAUUUAUUUAUUCUGUUUUGCAUUUUUAGUAACUGAUGGACUGAAGCUUUUUAUGCAGCUGCUGAACCAACAACCCCAGAAAACAAGAAAAUAAUUUAUAUUGGUAAUAUUGGUGAAACUUCCAGAUUACCAGAGCGUAUUGAAAAAAGUAAAAAAAAAAAUGAAAAAAAAGAUAUAAGACUAAUAUAUAUAAAGACAAAUGUUUGAUUCAUAUGGAGAUGCUGUUGCACAUUUAAAUGACAGUACUCAAGGGGUAAUGGAUCUUGGGUUAUGUGUAUGCAUAUUACUUUAAUGACACAAAGAACCCCGCUCACGGACUAUGUUAAUUUAGUGACCACUGUUGUUUUUGCACUGGAUCCUGGAUUGCACUUAAUGCAGCAUUGCAGACCUACUUGAAAAUACUGUUAUAGAUGGUAGUUAUGAUACUGCACAGUGGAAAAAAUGUAAACUGUAUCUCUCAAAAAAAAA